AUGUCGACCACUCUGCAGAGCGUCUUGCCCGCUCCAAAGUACAUCGCUGCAUCCCAAUCUCAUGUCGACGACGAUGACGAGGGCGACUACGAUCAGUCCGAAGCCGGACCCUCCACCUCAUCCUCAUCCAGCGCACUCGUCUCAACGUCGUCACCCAGCAGCAUCCCGCCUUACGGAUCGAGAUCGACAUGGCGACCUCGCACACAAGCAGACUUUGCUAACGGAGGUGCCUACCCGGAAUGCCACAUUGCACAAUACCCUCUCGACAUGGGCCGAACUCGCAUGGCAGCGACCUCCAACAAGCUUGCCAUGCGCGUCGAUGGCGAGGGCAACAAACGAUACGACGCCAUCAUCAAACAGGGAUUGCGACCUGGUCAAACGGUACAGACCGAGUACAAGGAUCUCGUACCGCUUUCUCAGCGCACCGAUGUGAGGGACAAGGAUCGCGCUUCGGGAUUCGAACGCCCGUCCCAGGAGCAAGUCAUGAGCAACACCGAACGAACGCGUCUUGCACUCGAAGCCAUCACAAAGUCCAGAACCAAGCCCGUCGUUCCCACCAGCAACAACAAACCUGGUCAGCAACAGGAUGCGCAGUUCAUUCGCUACACUCCGGGUCAACAAGGUGUCGGCAACGGCACACAGCGCAUCAUCAAGAUGACCGAAGCGCAACGCGAUCCGUUGGAACCACCACGGCAUCGAUUCAAAAAGACAGCUCCCGCUCCGCCUUCCCCGCCGCCUCCCGUCCUGCGGUCUCCACCGCGCAAGGUGACGGCGCAGGAGCAGAAGGACUGGAUGAUCCCUCCCGCCAUCUCCAACUGGAAGAAUAACAAGGGGUACACCAUCCCGCUCGACAAGCGUCUCGCCGCUGACGGGAGGGGCAUCAAGGACGUGGCGAUCAACGACAACUUUGCGCAGUUUGCCGAGGCGCUCAAUCUCGCAGAUAGGCAUGCGAGGGAGGAGGUGAGGCAGAGGAGCAUCAUGCAGCAAAAGUUGGCGGCCAAGGAGAAGGCGGCCAAGGAGGAGCAUCUGAGGACUCUGGCGCAGAGGGCGAGGGAAGAGAGGGCGGGGAUGUCGGCUACUCCGUCGGUCGUGGGAAGGGACGAUGAUGCCGAGUCGAGAUUGGACGAUUCGGAUGCGCCGGUUCGGCGUGCUGCAUCGGGCGGAGGAGGUGCAGGGAUGUCCGCGAUGCUCGCCGGGUACGGUUCCGAUUCGGACUCCGGGUCUGAAGCAUCCGCUGCUUCAGAUGACGACGACGACGAGGGAGCACGCGAACGCGAUCGUAUCCGCGAAGAACGUCGUCGCGAACGAGAACGCGAACUACGCAUGUCCAACAUGGGCAACGAACAACGAGCCAAGCAGAUGCUCCGAGAACAGAACCGUGACAUUUCCGAAAAAGUUGCUCUCGGUCUAGCAAAGCCUUCCGCGUCGAAAGAAUCCAUGACGGACAGUCGACUCUUCAACCAAGGCGAAUCGCUCGCUGCUGGGUUGGGCGACGAAGACUCGUACAACCUGUACGACAAGCCGUUGUUCUCCGGUAGCAGUGCUGCUGCUGCCAUCUACAGACGACCUGCUGGCAGAGGUGGGGCAGAUGACAUCUAUGCGGAUGAAGGUGCGUUGGAGGAGGAGUUGGGUAGGAACGAUAGAUUCGGUUUAGGUCAGAGCAAGUUCAAAGGUGCAGAAGACGAUGUUGGCAGUGGUGCAGCUGCAGGUGGUAGAAGCGGACCCGUUCAGUUUGAAAAGGAUACAAGCGAUCCGUUCGCCAUCAACCAGUUCUUGGAGGAGGCGAAGAGAGGGAUCAAGCGAUCCUCGGCGAACGACGCUGAUGACGCUAGAAAGAAGCACAGGGAUCAAGACGAUUCGUAG